AUGGCUCCCCCUUCUCUCCCCUUUGCUCUUUUGAGGAAGAAGGCCAGAGCUGUGUGGUAUUGGGGGGACGACGACAAGAAAGGAGAGUCAAACGUGGCCUCACAGGUUUGCAAAUGGCUCAGUCGUAAAACUGGAAGGAAGGAAGGAAAUGGAGAAAUAGAAGAGAAAGUGUUUUUAAAAUGAAAGCACACAAAAGCAGAGAGGGGCCUCUAAUUAAAUCCGAAGAUGGGAUUAACGGAAUUAUGCAAUGUUCUGCAUGCAUAAACAACCCAGUCUUGAGGCACUUUCUGAAGAGAGGGAAAGUCAGGCAUGAUCUGUUAAUAUUUUGGAGGGGGAGGGGGAAGGCUACUAAAGGAUGUGAAGAGUGGUUUGGAAAUGCAACAGGACUCUGCAUUCACAGACCCUUGAAAGGAGAGAGGGAAGGAAGUCUUUUUGGAAAUACAGAAGGGCUCCGCAAUCUGUGCGUCUCCAUCCUUAAGGCUUUACGAAUGACAUUAUUAAGAUUUAUCUAAUUCUUGUGGUCCUUUUUGCCAUCUCACCCAUGAGGCAAGGUGAGGCAAUCGCUUCAGACGGCAGGAUCGACAGGGGCAGCAGAUUCUAAUGUAAAUCUUUAUUCCCCUUCUUCCCUGGUGGGGAGGGAGGAUGCCAUUUUGAGGUCCACCUCAGGUGCCAAAAUGUCUUGGGCCGACCCUGGCAUAUGGACACUUUUCUAUCUACUAUAUGUUUUGGAAAGUGGUUCGUGUGUCUGUCUGCCCAUCUGUUCUAGAAUGGAUUCAGACUCUUCUCAAGAUAUUGUAUCCAAGCUUGUAAAACCAGGCGGGGGCAAAUGUCCUCGUUGGCAUUCAGAUGAUGGGCACCAUUUUGAAUCAAGAUGACAGACCAAAGCAUGACUUUGGUAUGACUUUGCCUCAUUUUUGGUUGGAUGGAGCCAAACUCACCAAUUAUGAGAUCCAUUUAAAAACCACAAUUAUUAUUACAGUGGUACCUCGGGUUAAGUACUUAAUUUGUUCCGGAGGUCCGUACUUAACCUGAAACUGUUCUUAACCUGAAGCACCACUUUAGCUAAUGGGGCCUCCUGCUGCUGCCGCCGGAGCACAAUUUCUGUUCUCAUCCUGAAGCAAAGUUCUUAACCUGAAGCACUAUUUCUGGGUUAGCGGAGUCUGUAACCUGAAGUGUAUGUAACCUGAAGCGUAUGUAACCUGAGGUACCACUGUAUUACUACUACUGUACAGUAUUUUGGUUUCUGCAAAUUCCUGGGUACUCCCUGCUAAUCCAUAUAGGAAAAAUGUACACCUGCUACCUUAGGAAAGGGCUGCAGUGAUAAGAACAGCUGCUUUAUGAGGUUCAGUCCCUGACAGCAUCUCUAGGUAAGGCUGAGGAAAGAAUCUCUGCCUGAAACCCUACAGAGCAGCUGUCGAUCAGUGAAGACAGUAUUCAGCUACAUGGACCAGUGGUCUGACUCCAUGUAAGGCAGCUGCCUAUAUUGUUACUAUCAACUACUGCUGAUUGUGAUGACAAGAAGCUCCGCAUGAAUAAUGGGUGACUGUAGUUCACUCUGGACUCAAUGGGAGCUUUGCCACAGACUUCUCGGCAGAGAAAAAUCCUCUCCAAAGCCUUGCAGGCAUGUCCUGGGUUAAGUCCCAGAGUUGCUUCAGCAGAUAAAUAUUUGAUUUCUAUUCUCAUUCAGGCUCCUUUCCUUGGUGUCGAUCCAGUCUCUGGUAACAGUUAAGAGGUCUUCUUCACUCCACCCCCCCCCCUCGAACUCAGAAAUGUGAAAGAGUCCAUUGAUAUCUCUCUAUUUGGGGGAAAUACAUGACACAUGCUGCUGGUUUAUAACAAUGCAUCAUGGUGUGAUUACUAGCAAGGUCAUUGCAAGAUACUAUCGAGUCAUUUUUUAAACCUUAUUUGGUGGGAUGGUUCUCAUAUUUCAAUGGGGCAGUUGCGUGACAAGAUUAUUAUUUUUAAAAACGUGCUCUUAUGGGGAUUUUGAGUCUUCUCUCUCUGAAAGGAAGACUUGGUCAGGAUUCUCAGUUUAUGAGCUAAGCGCAUAUUCCCCCCCCGCCCGUUAAAAAAAAACCCCAGUUCUGCUUUCCUCUUUCCCCAUCUUCCCAUCUUCCCUUCAAUUCCCCUCAAACAACUUUUUUUAAACACCGCCCAAAAAAACAAAAACUUCCAGCACAGUAGAAGGUUUGUUUUGUGUUGUUAUUUUCACCUUGCUGUUUCUUUAUCCAUAAAUUUUACGAGGCAGUAGAAUAUUGAGAGAAAAUACCUCAUAUAUUUAGAAGAGCCCCAAAAGAGCCCUGAAGCAGAAGCAGCAGGAUCAGGCCAAAGGGGGCCCAUCUAGUCCAGCUUCCUCUCCACCAAAUGGCGAGACAGAAGCCAUUAUUAUUAUUGGCAUCUAAUUUGCAUUUAACACUGAAGACUUUCAGGAGACAUCAAGAUAACACAUUUACAAAGAUUUAUUUCACCGUUUCUUUAUUUGCCUCACAUUGUACACACAAUAGCAUUCUCCCUCUCAGCAAAUCCUGGGAACUAUAGUUUGUUAAGGGUGCUGGUAAAUGUAGCUCCACAAGCGGAAACUACCAUUCCAUCAUUUUUUUCUCUCUCUUCUGGUGUGCGCAGGUACUUUAAAGGUAUGGCGUACAUGCAGAUGUCGCCAUAACUUACAGGAUUUCAAAAACAACACAUGCAAACAUACCCCUCCUGGCCUCCUUGAGAUGUCAGCCUUGGCCUUUGGCCUUAGCCGCUGUCAUACAUGGUGUGUGCCGUGCUUUAAAAGAGGAUCAGGCAAAUUUGCGGAGGAAGGGGCUAUCGAUGGCUACUAGCCACGAUGGCUACGCUCUGCCUCCACAGUCGGAGGCAGUAAAUGCUUCUGAAUUCCAGUUGCUGGAAACCACAGGAAGAGAGAGUAUUCUCAUGCUUGGAUCCUGCUUGCAGUUUUCUCAUUGCGGCAUCUUGCUGGCCACUAUGAGAAGAGGAUGCUGGACCAGAUGGGCCAUUGGGCAUCUAGCAGGCUAUUCUGAUUAGGGCUGGGCGAUAUAUCAAUAUAUUGCCCAAAACUGGUUUGAAAUGGGAAUCGUGGCAGCGGCAGCCUCAGCAGCCCGGAGCCAGCCUGUUAGUGCAGUUGGCUCUGGCUGGCUCCAGGAGCUGCUCGCUGCCGUGGCACCCGCCAUUUUUCCUGCGUCACAGCAGUGAGAAGCUCCUGAAGCCAGCCAGAGCCAACUGCACUACCAGGUUGGCCCCUCCUGGGCAAUAGCCACCCGCCUGUGACUCCCAAGCCUCCCCUGGUCUGUCAGAACAGAGGGGGAAGGAGAUAGGGGAAGGCUCGGGAGUUGCGGGUGGGCAGCCGUUGCCCAGUUUUUAAAAAACUCUGUGCAUUUAUGUUUCAUAGGGUGUGAAAGAAGGGCUUUGCACCUUUUUUAUACAAUAUGCUUGGGGCCAGGGUCUUUUGCCUCACCAUCCCCGCUACUGACUCCCUGUUGCUACUCAGCUUCCAAAAAAAAAAGUGCUCCCAGAUUCAUUGAAAAAAACUGGUAACCAUAACCUGGGUUCCUUGAUGGAAGGGCAGCAACAAAGGCCAAUCUUUGACUAGAGACAAGUUGGCUGCAAGUGAUCGGCUGGUCCCUGCCUGCCUUUUGGGCACAACCAAAGAGUCCUUGGCAGGGGCCCAAACCCUUGGAGGAACAUCCCCUCACUUGUCGGCCAAAGUCAUCUUCAAGUAAGUUGACUCUGCCCUCAUACCACUCUACUUUCCACACCCCAGGCAAAGAGGGGCCCGGACUGGAAUUCAACCUUGUGUUCAAUUUCAGCUAAAUUUUUGCAGUUUACUGGAAACGUUAUGUCAUAAUCAAUGAGGCAGAAGGCCUUCCUGGAAUCGGAGCUGCUUCUGCCUUCUUUUUGCAUUUCGUGUGCUGCUGUUGGGGUUCACUUGCAAAGUGGGAGGUUUAUGCAGCCUUCCCCAAGCAGGUGCCCUCCAGAUGUUGUUGAACGACAACUUCCAUCACCUAGUGUCAUGGCCCAUCAUCCAGCCGGACACUGAGGUCCAGUGCCGAGGGCCUUCUGGCGGUUCCCUCGCUGCGAGAAGUGAGGUUACAGGGAACCAGGCACAGGGCCUUCUCAGUAGUGGCACCUGCCCUGUGGAACGCCCUCCCAGCAAUGUCAAGACAAUAAACAACUAUUUUACUUUUAAAAGACAACUGAAGGCGGCCCUGUUUAGGGAAGUUUUUAAUGUCUGACGCUGUAUUGUUUUCAAUAUUUGGUUGGAAGCCGCCCAGAGUGGCUGGGGAAACCCAGCCAGAUGGGCGGGGUAUAAAUAAAAAAUUAUUAUUAUUAUUAUUAUUGGCAUGUGCCCUGGCUGGAGCUGAUGUUGUAAUGGGCUACAAGGGUGUCUGGAAGGCACCAGGUUGGGGGAACCUGCUGUAACCUCUUUCGCUCCAACAGCGGGUCUAAUUUGCAAACGCAAAAGCAGAGCUAAUUGGUUAAAUCAGGCAGCCUCCUGAGCUUAGCGCAAGGAAAGAGUGUUGGCUGGAGGAGCCCGGAAAGUCCAUAGCUCAGUGGCAGAGGACCUGUGCUCUGCAGGCAGAAAUUCCAAAUUCAAUCCCCAGGAGCACGUUAAUGAGAAACUUAUUUUCAGGGUUGUGGGUUUGGGCCCCACGUUGAACAAAAUGAUUCCUGCAUUACAGGGGGUUGGACUUGAUGACCCUUGCGGAGUAGUCCCUUCCAACUCUGCAAUUCUGUAAUUUUAUCUCUAGGCAGGGCUGGGGGAAAACUCCCUUUCUGAAACGCUGGAUUGUCGCUGCCUAUCAGUACAGUGGUACCUCGGGUUAAGUACUUAAUUCGUUCCGGAGGUCCGUACUUAACCUGAAACUGUUCUUAACCUGAAGCACCACUUUAGCCAAUGGGGCCUCCCGCUGCUGCCGUGCCACAAGAGCAUGAUUUCUGUUCUUAUCCUGAAGCAAAGUUCUUAACCUGAAGCACUAUUUCUGGGUUAGUGGAGUCUGUAACCUGAAGCGUAUAUAACCUGAAGCGUAUGUAACCCGAGGUACCACUAUAUAUACAAAGCUAGAUGGAGCAAUGUCCUGACUCAGGAUACAGCAGUUUCCUAUGGUAUUUUUUGUAUGAGUCAGUCCACGACACCUGCGGAGCAGCAGCAAUCCUGCGGGAUCACUGGACCUAACUGGGGAAAAGGCCACCCAUCUUCAUGCCAGGAAUCGAAUAUUGUGGCCCGUACCAGCGGCCAACAAACAGCCCCCGAGGGGAGGAAAGCUGCCUAGGCCGGGGUGGUCGCUGGAUGGGGGAGCUUUGCCUGGACGGAGAAGGAAGGGAGCAGGUUGCUCCUGAAGCAGCUGCCGACCACCCUUUCCCUCCACCUGGCGGAGAAAGGCGAGAACUGCCAGGCUUUUCAAAAAUCCCUUCAGCGGAGAGUCCAUGCCAGCUGGUUCCUGUUUGGGACCGGCCUUGGGCGGUCCAGUGCGGGGCAUCCCUCCCCAUCUAUCAGCCAGGGGGAGAGAAGGGGCCCGAUCCAAGCGCAGCAGUGCCCCGUCCUUCUCACCACGGCGAAAAACGAGGCUUCCCAAGCGCGCCUCGCGGGGGUUUCUCACGCACCUUCUCAGUGCCGGUGCCAGGCUAUUUUGCGCCCUAGGCAAGGCUGUUUGCACAAAUUGCUAACUUCCAUUUUCAUGAAGGGGUUUACUGUAGAAGUUUUGUGUACUGCACACAACUCCCCCCCCCCGUCGGUCAUAUGCUUACAGACGUAAGCAUCCUUUAAAAAUUGUGAGGUGCAAAAAUGAGGAUCUGUCUUGACUGUUGUAACAUGUAACAGCACUGAAAGAAACACAAGCACAAAGUCGUCUUAUUUGAGCUUAAUGGAGCUGGCGCACAAUGGACCCUUUAAGGGCCUUUUAAAAUUAAAAUUAUCUUAAAAUGUGAGGUUCUGGACAUUAGCACAUCUCAAAUAGGUGCUGACAAGGGGUGCAAGGCAUCCCAAAGGGAGGGGGGUGGAGAGAGAAGAGAACCCUGUGUCAAAGAUGACCACAAGGUAUACCAUCAAAAGCCCUGAAUAACAGGAUCAAGACAGACAGCACAAAUCAUUUUGAACCAUCUUGUGAAUUUGUGAUGUUAAAAUUUUAAGUCUGAUGUUAAGAAUUUAGAUCUCUUAAAAGGUUCAGUUUCAGAAUUUUUUUUCCCCUUUGCAAAUUUUGCCACCUCUUCCUUCAGGCUACAUGCUGAUGCUUGCGCACGUUCAAUCGAUCUAGUUGCCUCUUGGACUGCCUGUGUGAAACAGAUAAGAGGAGCAGAGCGAAGAGAGACUGGGGGCGGGGCGGGGACAGUUCCGACCCGGAAACUAGGCGAUGCGCAUGCCACUCUACCCUGUUAAGAAGUCUAGGAGCUCGUUCUCGGCGCGCGGAUCUGUCUCGCUGCGUCACUUUAGUGCACCCGCGGCUGUAGUCCCUAAGGGGAGGGGCGUGCUGGGGCGUUGGUGACGCGUUUGAUCUGCGCCCUGCCUGGCGGCGGACAGAGCGGAGAGGCGGUGGGAUUGAAAUGCCGGAGGCGGGAGCAGGUGAGCGGCGGCGGGUGGCCUCGCUGAGGAGGCGGAGGAGAGGCCCGGCACGUUGUCACAAAAGCCAUGCGAGGCAGUCCCUGAGCUGCCUCUUCUUCUGGUUAGGGUUACUCGGGAGAAAGUCCCGCCGUGGCCCAGAGGGGCUCAAGUCCCUUCGGUCGGCGCAGGCUGAGCAGCCUCACCGCCUCCCUCCUGGCGGGCUUCGCGCCCUGGAGGCCUCUCCGCGCCUAAGGCGGCGGCUAAACGGCAGAAAGUCUUUCGAAAGUGUUGUUUGUUUACUUGAGAUAUUUAUAUGCUGCUGUUUGCAUUUUUUGGCUUAAGGGCUCGGGCAUGAAUGCCACCAGAGCAGCUUACAAAAAUCCGUGCUGCAUUAAGAAGCUGCUUGCUUGCAAUAUAUAUAUAUAUAUAUUGCCAGCAAGCAGCUUCUUAAUAUACACACACACACACACACCCCAGACAUACCAUACGAGGGAAAAGGAAUGUGAGGGAGAAGGGAGGGAGAAGCAAGCUCAAGCACAAGGUUUUAAAAACUGCAGCCACCACUAGUGGUGUUUCAGGCUGCCUUGCUUUUGGUAAAGAGUAGCUGCUCUUGUGAAGCACCCCGCCUCCAGUGUUAGAAACUGAUGUAUGAAAGCUUGGAGCUAAACAGCACCUUAAACCUAGGUUACGAGUGCAACAACAGAAUGUUUAGGCGCUUUUUAAAAAAUAACAAUACAAAGCUGCAAACGAAUGAACUGCAGCUGAAAUCUUACGUUCAUUUUUUACGUGCUCUAGUCCUCAUCUGAAGACUGCAAAAACAAACAAACAAACAAACAAACCCAAAGCCAUGCUCCCCCCCGCCCCCCGUAUUCUUAUGAGGGUAUUUUCUCCGGUCUUCAGAGAGUGGCUGGAAGUGGGGAGGUAGAGAAAGGUCCUCCUUUCCUUCCACUCUGCAGUUUUAAUCUGAAAUCAUAGGUGCAGCACUGUGCCCAGACCUUGGAAGCUGCUCACGCUAAUGAAAUUCCUUGUCGCAAAACACACCUAGAACAAUGGGAGUCUCAAACACUGCCCACCUUGUCAGAUCCAAGUGCAGGUGGCAACAUCCAGGGCAGUGCCUGCCACACACUCCUUUCAGACAGCGUAACUUGAUGGCAGGCAGAAUCCUCACAGGAGGGGCUUUGAUGGCAUCACUGUUUGAGCCACCCCAGAGCACUCUUCUCUCUCACACACACCCAGUUACAUCCAGGAGCAGAACUGGUGAUAACAUUCAGGUCAGGAGGCUGAGGCAUCUCCAGCUACGCAGCAUAUAAUAAAUGGUAUCAACCAACAAGGCUGAGGUCCCAGUUUGAGGCCUUUCUUUCUCUCCUCUUGGCAGCUUGCUGAAAUGACACCACCGUUUGGCCACAUCCGAGGCACAGAGAUGACUGCCCAUCACUUUCCUCAGCACAGUUACCUCUUGGUAAGUUUCACAGCAGUUGAUCUCUGUGCUGUUUUGCCUGAGUUUCAGAGCUGCUUUUGCAUAUUGGAAGGAUGGAGACCUGGGAAAGGGGUUCUUGGCAAACUCAUAUAAGUUUUGUGGGUAGACCAGGGCCUGGGUUCUUCACAUCUCAGUUUGAUCAGGGUGGGAAUGACCUGCUUACAAGUGACUGAUCACGGGUUCUUUGCUUUGUCUGAGGUAGAUUUCUUUUCUUUUCUGUUUAAAACAGGAUAGCUUAAAGGCUGACUGUCUGAACAAGCCUUUCGCUCAGAGGUGCCAUGAUCUUGUGACUGUCAUUGAAGAUUUUCCUGCCAAGGUAGAAGGCUCAUUACUUGUUCAGGCCUAUAAUAUUUCCUUGUUGUUCUGCUUUGGAGUGUAUUGACCUCUGAUAAAAUAUAUAUGUUGUCAGGGUAGGGCAGACUGCCCUGUUCACUCCUGCCUAAUGGAGAGAAAACAUGAAAGAGCAACCUCACAUUUAAAUACAGACACAACUACAAGUCAAACUGACAAACUGAAAUAGAGAGAAACUGACCAGAGGAAUUCACCUUCAUUUUGCUGAUGUCUCUUUGUCAGGUUUUGUCCAGUAUUUCCACUAGCUGUUAGUCUUAGGUCUCCUAGGAAUAGAAAAUUUGGCACAGAUUGGUUUCUAGACAGAAAAUGCCUACUGUGGUUUGGAGUAAACAAUGUGUAUCUUUGUUUUGAGCUUUUCUGUUUCUCUUCCCCUGGAAGGAACUUCAUGCCAUCUUUCCCUGGCUGGUGGAGAGCAUCUUUGGCAGCUUAGAUGGCAUUAUUUUAGGUUGGAACCUCCGUUGUUUACAAGGAAGGGCAAACCCUACUGAGUACAACAUUGCCUUGGACUUUCUUGAUGCUGGGUAAACCUCUUUAUUCAGGAGGGCGGUGGGAAGAGCUCUGAUGUGGUUCCAAGGGUUACCCCCUGUCCUUCUUAAUGUUUUCUUUCUUGCUGCCUUUUUUUGGUAGAGGCCCAAUGAUGAAGUUGGUUUACAAGCUCCAAGCUGAAGAGUACAGAUACGAUUUCUCUGUCUCCUACCUUCCUGUAAGUAUCUAGGAAAGGAGGUGAUAAUAUCCACACUACCACUUUGAAUCCAGGAUAAAAUAGGCAGUUUAAGUUCCUAAUCCUUUAUGCGGAAGUCCCACUGAUUUCAUAUGAACGUGUUGAGAUUAAAAUGGUAAGUUUGAAACCUUUUCCGCUCUCCGCGGUACACAGAUGCUGCCUGUUCCUCAGCUUGCUGAGCAGUGGGAGCUGAAGCCUUAAACUCUUGGGCUACAACAGAGAAGAAGGGGGAGGUUUAGGGCUCCAGAAGUGGUUGUUGGCUUUCCACACCCCAGAUCUCAGGGGGGUAAAUGUUUGUACACCUUAAGGGCUGUUUUAAUCAUAAGGUCUGUAUUUUGUGUCUAAUCAUGCCAUUGUUCUUUUCAGGGCCCAGUGAAAGCCUCAAUACAAGAGCGGAUUUUACCAGAAUGUUCUUUGUACCACAACAAAGUCCAGUUUCCUCCAUCUGGAGGCCUGAGCUUGAACUUGGCCCUUAGUAUCCUUUGGGCAAUAAGCCCAGUAUCAUUUGUCUUCAUGUUGUGUGUAUGUUUGGGGCGGGGCACAAAUCAUGCAGUAGUUCAGUGAUGCCAAACAGUCGGUGGUGAGAGGGAGACCAUCCUGAUUCUUGCAGCUUUCCAGCAUGAUUUCUUUGCCCUCUGCUUAGCAAGGCCCUGGAUGGAAGUUGUGUUCCCUCUCCCAAAACAUAUGAGAAGGGGCCAGCGGCUGCACAUUCCACUCCAACUUUACAAAACUCCUUGCCACACAAGCUGCUCCAAGGCGAUUGCAUAUGAGUGGCUCCUCCAGGUGAAGAUAAAUUGCAUGGAAAGCCCGUGGUCUGCCAGCUCUUAGAAGCCUGGGGAACAAGCGGAUUGUUACACUCCCACCAGUUUCCCCACCAUUGUGGAGGGAAGUCAUUUUGGUUCUUUGCAUGGCUGCAGCUUGCAAACUCUGAUCUUUCUCAGUGCCUAUCUUGGAUUUCUCCCUUAGAUGUUUUUCCUUCUGUUUUAGCUGCAUUUUUAAGUGUCUUGCCAUGUUGAUAAAGUGUUUAACAAGAAGGGGCACUCCCACCUUCACACCCAAAUCCUGAGAAUAGAAUAAAACACUGACUAUAGACACUUCAUUGGAUGGUCUUGAAUGGCCAAGACUUGAUGCUUCUUCAUGUUUUCUGUUGGACUUUAUCCUUGACUCUGCUGCCAGAUCCCUUUGAAUAUUACAUGUUCUACUUUGCAUUAAGCCUGAUUACACCGAAGGUAAGCAAAAAGGCAGCUGCUUCUUUCAAUGCAUUGCCUACUGUUUGCUAUGCAAAUGAGAUGAGAAGUUGCAGCAUAGUUUCGUGCCUCUUGUGGUUUAUCCCUUGUUGACCCACCUCUCCCUCCCCCUCCACACUUGCCAUGAUGUUUGGUGGUGUAAAGUCAAUAUUUGUAUAAAUAGCUUCUUAAAGUGCUUGAAAUACUCUGCUUGUCGGUCUUUCCCUUGGCACUAAAGUGUGCUUAACCAUUUCAGCUUGUCACCUGAAUGCUUUGCACUAAGAAGAGAGUGGCAGGGGUGUAGGGUUGCUAAACAAGUGGGGAGAGGGGGACUGAGCCCUGCAGAAUUGCUCCUUCCUAGCAGGUCCUCACUGCCUCUGUUGUUGAACUCUCACUGUAGCACGUUGUGUACCAGGCUCAUUUCUCACAAAACGGCAGAGAGGGUGGUAAAAUCGGUAUGGACCAUGCCAGGCUGUUGGUGGGAGCUACCGUCAUAGAGGACUGCUCCUCCAGAGGAAAACAGAAGAGGAGCCAGACAUAGUGUGAUAGAAAAUUAUGCUUUUGAGUAGCUUGAAUUUUUUAGGCUUACCCAUAAAGUUCUCUAUUUGAGUUGAUACCACAAGAGGAAUGACUUGGGAUUCUCUCUCCUCUGUGUUUCAGAACAUCUCCACGGCCUAUCAUAUCAGCAUGUCCAACAGUGCUUACUUUGUCCUAGUGGAUCGGUACUUGAAGUGGUUCCUGCCCACAGAAGGGAUUGUUCUUCCACCCCCCUCCUCUUCCGAUGCAGGAGGGGCUGUCCCAUCACCUGCUCCCCGGUGAGUACUUGUCCUAGUUUUCCAGAUUACAGGUUCACGGUGUACAAAGAUGGUAGCAGGAGUCAUCUCUAUAUCCCAGCCAACAGUAUAGCUCUGCUCUUGCAAUGAAGCUUUGAGUAGCUGAAUUCUAAAUUUCCAUCCGAAAUGGAGACUAAACCCAAUUUUGGGGAGGGGAAAAAAAUAAAAAAUGCAGAUUUUCCCCUGCUCCACUUUGUCCUUAGGCCCAACCCUGACUACUAUCCUGUUUGGGUGACCCUUUUGGGAGGUUUUUAACUUGUGUCUUUUCUUUCUCCUCCCGUCUAGAUCUCCUGCAAUGUCGUUCAGCUCCUACGGGAUGCAUCCAACAAGCCUUCUAAAAAGACAUGUUGCUCACCAGACUUCAGUGAAUGCAGACCCUGCUUCCCAGGAGAUCUGGAGAUCGGAAACCAUGCUUCAGGUGUGCCCAGGAGGGAAGGAGGCUGUGGUGCAGCGGCUGCUCUGCCUGGCUGUUGCUGCAAGCUCUUCGGGGAUAUUGCUUUAGCUCAGCAGGGUGGGGGACAGGCAAUUGUACAAUACCAGGCCUACUUCUGGGCGGGGCCUGGGGAACUGGGGAAACACACCUUUAAGAAAAAGAAGAGUUUUCUUUGCCUGUAGGAGAGGGGGAGCCUGCCUCCCUCCCAAGUGUUGCUGAGCUACAACUCCCCAUCCCCAUCACCGUUGGACAUGUGGGCGGCUGGGAGUUAGAAUCCAACAAUAUCUGGAAGGUUACAGAGGUGUGUUUAAUUAAAUGGUUUUUUUCUGAGGGGUUCAAGGAACCAAAAAGGGUUUUAGGGGUAGGCCUUCAUUGCAGUUACCUGCCUUUUAGUACCUUUCUGCUGUUUCCCUGCCCCUGCCCCAGAAUCCCAAGCUCUGGAGAUCCCUAAUCUGGGGGGGAAAACAAGUCAGCUAGCACAAAUGUACCUGACCACUUGGUUUCUUGAACUCGCCACAUCCAACACUGAUUGAGCUAUGUCUUGAAACAGCUUCAGACUAGACCCCAGGAGCAGAAAUCACUCCAAAGGCCGGCUCUGGCUACUGCUGUAGUAGGUUCUUUGGUCCUAUUCAGGCAGGUGAACAAGUUCUUCUCUUCCUAGGUUUUUGUUGAAAUGUGGCUUCAUCAUUACUCCCUGGACAUGUACCAGAAAAUGCAGUCCCCUCACAUCAAGGUAAGGGGCUGAGCUUGGGCAUCUCUUGCUUGCUGGCCUCCCUGUUUGAGGGGCUGCAGGGAAAUGCAACUGCUGCUGCCUAGCUCUGGUCUCUGCUUAAUGACAAGAGCUGCAGAGUGAGGGGAGGCUGUUGGCACUUAAAUAAAAGCAAGUUAGGGUUGAAGUGGGUUUCUUUGAUACAUCAGCACUCGAGAGAGGAGUUCCAGCCAAUGGAGAAAGGCUUUGCUUUAUGUCAAAGCUGAGGGAAGCUCAAUUCCCGCAGAUGCCGGUUGCAUGUCUUGGAAUGUCUGUGUUGUUCGAGUUAGAAAUAGUUAAAACUGCCUGAGAGGAAAGACAUGAAUUUGGUAGGCAGUUUUGUGGCAGGCCCUAAUUAUGAUGCUAGGGAAAGUUCUUGGCAAACAUUGCUCUCCAGUGCAGCAUUUUAUUUAAUUUUUCUUGUUUACAAAAACAUGUAGACACAGAAAAAACAGAUAAGUAACAAAGAAAAAAAGGGGGGAAGCAAUAUAGAGUUGCAGAAUGAAAUAACAGCAGCAAACCAGUAUACCAAAUGACAAUCAUACUUCACUGAAUAUCAGAUGGUAUUUAAACAUUGGUGGACCUCUGUGGGUGAAGGUUCUCUGCCUGCAGGCUGGGAGCUGUAAAGGGCCAUCCCUAAACCUUAGCUUUGUUUGCUUGAAGGAUUUAUGUCAAACUUGAUAAUGUUUACUGUGGUUGUUGCAAGAACUCAGUAGGUCAGGGGUCAGCAAAGCUUUUCAGCAGGGGGCCAGUCCACUGUCCCUCAGACCUUGUGGGGGGCCAGACUAUAUUUUUGGGGAAAAAUAUGAACAAAUUCCUAUGCCCCACAAAUAACCCAGAGAUACAUUUUAAAUAAAAGCACACAUUCUACUCAUGUAAAAACACCAGGCAGGCCCCACAAAUAACCCAGAGAUGCAUUUUAAAUAAAAGGGCACAUUCUACUCCUGUAAAAAACACACUGAUUCCCGGACCAUCCAUGGGCCGGAUUGAGAAGGCAAUUGGGCCGGCCCCGGCCCCCGGGCCUUAGUUUGCCUAUCCAUGGUUUAGUAUUACUUUAAUGCUAACCUGGAGUCUCUUGCAUAGAACACCUGGGGCAGAUUGGGGAUUCUGCUUGUACACCACCCACCCACCUCCUUGCCUGAGUUGAUAGAGACCGUCUCUGAUUUCGUGUUGGGACAGUUUCAACUUCCGUGGUAGUUCAGGACUUCGUGGCAGCCAUGGGGGCUGCCCCAGCAUAUCUUCGCCCCAACAUGGAUAUCAGCAGGACAUACCAUUGAUCAGGCAGAAGGAUGGUAGUCUUGAAUGUAAGAAUCAACAUCUUUCCUCUUGUUGUGGUUGGAUCAUUUCCCAUUGAGGUGUGGACUUUCUGCUCUUCAGGUGUGGAGAGACCUGCAGGUGAAUGGAUUCAUAUUCCAGAGGCCUUAGGUGGAUAUUUCUGCUGGUGUGCCUGGAUCUCAGGAGAGCCUGGCUGUGGGGUGCUGAGCUCUUCUUCUCCCAGGUGGCCAAAAUGGGGAUGCAGGUGGUUAUGCAAGAAAGGGCCUCUGUGAUGGUGGCUCUCCAGUUAUGGAAUGCUCUCCUGGGAAAGAGAUGCUCACAUGUCCCCUGAAAUGCAGUCUUGUCAGAACUAGGUGAAGAACUUUCUGUUUUCCCAGGAUUUCCAGUUUCCUUUUUAAACCCAAGUUUUAGUGCUUUGUAGAUACUUGGUUUCUUUAUCGCAGGUUUUAUUCUGGUGGUGUUUUAAAAUUUAUUUCUGAUUUUAUGUGCUAUGCUUUGCAUUUUCCUCUCUGUAUUUCAGCCAGAGAAUUUUUUCUUCCACUGGUGGUGUAAAAAUGUUGCAAGUAAAUAAAAACACCCUUGUAUUGCCAGCAGUGGGGUGGGGUCUGAGGGCUUGCUUUAGUUAGGAUUUGAACUGAAAACGUUACACUUUCCUUUCUGAAUGCGGUGGCAUCAGCUCUUACUUAAUUUUACUGGAUUUCUAGAAGCACACAUACACACAUCCUUCACCCUAAAGUCUUGGGAAUAUAUGUGAGUAAAAUCACUUAAAAAGUAAAGCCACCAGCCCCAAACAGUCAUAUGUUAAUCAACUGCACCUGUCAUCUACUGAAGCCCGUAUGCUUGGCAGUUCUCUGCAAAGUAUUUCUGAGUGUGCAUGACAUUGUAUACAGUUAACUCCACUUCUUCUUUCCUCGAAAAUGCCCGUCUUUCCUCUCCUCCCCCAGUCUCAUGCUCACUUGCCAUCCUGUUUGUGUUUCUCCACAUGCUGUUGCAGGGAGGGAGGCUCAUGGCAUCAUUGUUGGUUGUGUGUAUUCUGUUUGCAUCCCAUAUUUUAAUAUCUGUAACAGUUUCUAGCGCCAGCUGCUACUGCGCUGCAUUUCUAAAUUUGAGAGUCCAGGGCCAGAGAUCCAGGAAAAGCAGGGCCUGGGGAUCGGCCCACUUAGAUCCAGAUUUGCCAUGUAUACAGUCUUGGGGCUGAAUACAUACACUUUGUUUUGGCUUUCACUCUCUUGUGGCAAAAACGGCCUUCCCUCUCUCCACCCUCCCCCAACUGAUCAGCUUUGGAGGCUGACUUGAAUAUUGUCUCUUAAUGUUUUCAUAGGGAAUCAUAAGUUCCGGGCCCACAGUUGCAUAUUCUGCAGUGCAGGCAGAGUGGAUGUUUGCAUUGGAGCCUUUGGCCUGGUGUACCCUUGAUCAGAUUAGCUCACACCCAGCACAAGUUGCAGGUGCAGGACUCCUUGUGUGGCGGCUUUGCCAGGGCCCAGUGGCGCUUGUUUGUGGACACACACAGAAGGCCACAAACACUAUGCAAAAGCUGAUUGGGAAAGUCCUGGUAAAUCUUGAUACUCACAACUGUGACUUGGGUUUCCCAGAAUCCAAUUGCUGAUGUUAUAUUCCAACUGUUGCUGCAAAGUCUCGAACCACCUCCACAGUUCCAGGAGCCAAAAUGUGUGUAAGAACUGCCUUGCUGGGUAGAGAGAAGUCCCAGCUUCUCUCCAGUUUUGCCAUUUUGAGCCAAACACUUCUGAUAAGCCCACGAUCCAGGAGCCCCCAGCCCUUCCUGCCUAAUACCUCUCUGCUGUCCCUCACUGCCAAAACACCUUGGCAUUUGGGUUCCAGAGAAGAGCUUGCAGCCUGAAAAUGUUUGUGCAACGUGAGAAAAGGGGGGGUCAGACUUUGCUUGAGGCUAUUUUGCGCCAAGGAUGUGUGUCCCUCUUCACAUUGGCUGCAUUUGUCAUUCAUUUGUGACUCAUUCUUGGGUUUUGCUUUUUGUUUUUUUUCCUUGUCCCCCCUUCUUCCUGGGCUCAUUCUCACUGGUUGUUUUCCCCCCUGUUUCUUUCCAUUUUUGUGUUUGCCUCUUCUACCCUUCCUGCCCUCCCCCUUUUGUGUUGUGUCUCUCAGCUGGAGGUUCUCCAAUACCGGCUCAGUAUCUCCAGUGCCCACCGCAGUAAUCCUGCCCAAUCCAGCUUCCAGGCCCUCCACACAUACCAAGUAUUUUCACUUUUCUUUUCUUUCUUUCUCCCUCCCCCCUCCCCCAUUUCAUUUUACCGGUAUUUGUGUAGAAAUUAAAAAGAAAAGAUCCUUCCUACAGUUUGCAGUGUGGUGUGGGCAGACAUUAGGGGUGUGGAAAAGUACAUUCUGUUGGGGCUGCUGUUGUAAAGAGGAUUUUGAGAGUGAUGUGGGCCUGCUCCUGUGGGCCUAUUAUUUCCCAGGGAGCACAGAAAACAAUGCCAAAUCCAGGUGAUGGGUUUUCCCAAAGCUCGCUCAUUCUUCCACUUCCUUACCCUAGGCAGCAACAACCUCCUGUGAUGCUCCACCCACAAAAGGAGGGGGAAAUAUAUCAGGCUUCUCCUUUCUAUGGAGUUGCCAGAGUCUGGUGACUUUGAGUGUGUCAGAAGCUGCCACAGCAUUGCUAGGAAAGGAGCAUGUCCAGUUAGAUCAGCUGGUCACGAGCUUGAGCACAAAAGCCAUUUAGCUAGCAGCUUCUACUCUCUUAACUCCUGAAAUGUGCCAUUGGGUGAUAACUGCAGAGAAGAGAUGAAGCCUUUUAAGGCCCAGCCUAGCUUAGAACCGGUAGGGAACCUGUGGAGAACCUCCAGACUACUUACCAGGUCCAUCCUCCCUGACCAUUGGCCACAUGGACUGCUGGGAAUCUCGGCAAUAUCUGGAGGGUUAUAGAUGCUGCCCAUCCCUGGAUUAGGAGGAGCACCGGGGUCUGCUUGCAAGUAUUGAUGAAAGGAGAGGUUUGGAGCACCCCUUUGCCACAGACGUUUGCUUUGCUAACUGGGCUGUGUGCUGCUUUCUCACCUUGCUCCUGUCGAUGAAAGAGGAGCUUGGGGACAGCAUUAGUCCUGCCUUGAUUAAGUGUGUAUGUGGGUGUCUUUUUAAUAAAAACACAUACACACAUCAUCAUAAUCCGCUUCCAGUUAAGAGCAGCUGCACAAGGCUAAAAACCACAUAGACAGCUUGAAAGGACUCAUUUGGGGGACUGCAUGUUUGCAGAUCAUAACGAAAAUGUGCAUGCACAGACUGCUGCUGGGAUUGGUUCUUUGUUUCCCUUCUUCCCUUCAAUUCCUUGGUGGUGACGGGGGCCAGUCAAAAAGGCAUUGUGUGUGGUGUUCAGCCACGAAGAUCCUGCCUUUAUAUUAUUUUCAAGAGCAGCUUUCUAGUCUUCAUGAUUUAAAAAGUGGUUACAGCAUCAUCUUAGAUGCUGGGAAUUAUUAGGAGUUUGCUGUGUUACGAUCACCUCGUGAAUCUCCUCCCUAAAGGUGAGAUUUUUGGUGCAUUAACUCCCAUCCCACUGCCUCCUAUAAAAUGGGCCUCUUCACCGGAAUUGUGGUGGGCCCCAGAAAGGAGCAACCAGAAAAAGUGUUCUACACCUCAGGGUUUAAUAAUAAUAAUAAUAAGGUAAUAAAGACUAGGACCUAGGUGCAUGGCUACACCUUGUCCACAGUCAUACCAAAUAUUUUGAGAGGGGAGAAAAAUCUUGAUCAGCUGGGAUUCUCAGUUUAAGCAUAGCAAAGCAGUUUUUCCCUCACUGGAGGGGGAAACAUUUAGCUUUUGCAAUAUUGCUGCCCUGCAAAUCCUGUUGUUUGCCAUUGUGACUGGGGCUGAUGGAAGUCUGAAGUCCAGCCACAUUUGGCAGGGCUGUUCCAAGGCAUUUUGCUGCCUAAGGUGGAGCAGCAAAGGGGAAGUGCAUAGUAUGCCACUGCCAGUUCGGACUUCAUGAGCUUAUUGGUGGAACUGGGGUGUGUGGGUGUUGUUGUUUUUUAACCCCGAUAUGUGCAUCACUUAAUGCUGCUUACAUUGAAUUGCACUUGUCAUCCAACUGCCCAUUCACCUAGUUUGGAGAUAUCAUUUUGGAGCUCCUCACGAUUCCUUUUUGUUUUAACCACCCUGAACAAUUCGGUAUCAUGAACAAACCUUCCUUCCUCACUACUUACCCCUAAACUCCAUAGCUGUUUUAUGAACAAGUUAAAAAGUACCUGUCCUCCUUUGGGGACCCUGUUUCUUUCAUUCCGCCAUUGGGAGAACUGUCUUAAUUCGUUCCCAGUCUCUGCUUCCUGUUCCUUAACCUUUCCUCAGUCCACAAGGGGAUCCUUUCUCUUAUCCCGUGAUUGCAAAGCUUCACUGGCAACAUUUGGCUGGUGGGUGGAUGCUGUGCUUGUGCUUUCUGCGGGGUGAGCGGUGGUGGCGGAUGCCCUGAGGGUGGUCAGGAAGGCAAAGUAGUUUGAGCCACUUUGUGAACAGCCCUGGGCAACUUAAGUCAAAACUGUACUGCAAUGAGUUGCUCACGCUCUUCUCAGCAGUAGGCGAAAUUACCUUCCUACACUCAGGAUGGAAGUGUGGGACACACUUCACUUCUGCGAUUUGGUUGGCCAGGAACUAAACUAAAGGGUCUGCGGACACCUCUUUGCUCUGCUCUGUAGCGCUUCAGCUCUCUUUGCCCUUUCUCUCCACCCCCUCCUCCCUCCUGGCCUUCCUUUCUGGCAGGGAGAGGACUUACUCCUUAUUCCUCUUCUCCUACUCCUCUUCCUCUUGCUUCUGCUUCCGAUCCAGGAGUCGUUUAAGCCGACGGAGGAGCACGUCUUGGUCAUCCGGCUACUCGUGAAGCACCUCCAUGCUUUCAGCAACAGCCUGAAGCCGGAUCCAGUUUCUCCUUCUGGGCAUUCCCACACUGCCAGCCCGCUGGAGGAAUUCAAGAGGUAGGUUUGUUCUAGGCUUGUUCAGGUCAGCAGCACCCUGUGCAUCAGGGAGUAAGCGUGCAGGAGAGGGCCAGCUCUCAUGAUUUUGCUGUUCCAUGAAUCCUAUCUCUGUUCCUAGAAGAAGAGAAUGGAAUAAAAAUCACAGAUUCCCUCUCUGCAUAAACCAAGAAACUAAGCACAUUUCACAGCCUCCAUGCAUAGAGCAUGCAUAGCGUUGACAUCUCCUGUAUGGUACAUUGAGCUGGAGAAGCCUCUCUGUUUCCAUACCCAAAUGUUAUUCUUGCCUCCUGCUUUGCUUAUCUUGGGGGGACCUCUCAUGUGUUUGCAGGAUUGUGAUUCCCCGGUUUGUUCAGCAAAAACUCUACAUAUUUCUGCAGCACUGCUUUGGUCACUGGCCCUUGGAUGCUUCAUUCAGAGCUGUAAGUACCUCCAUUGAAUUUUCUGUUUUGUGUGGACUGUGCUGAAGAGAGGAGAGUGUUAGGGCCAAUUUUUUCCAACAUGCAGAUUUAUAUAUUUUUUUCUAUUCAAUGUGAUCAUCAAACAUGUGAGUGCAGCAUGAUUUGCAGAUUGUGACCUCUGAUGCAGAGUGGUUUAUUCUUGUAAAUUUUGGGAAUGUGGCCUUUUUUAAAAAAGCAGGAUCAGGUUUCUAGUCCUCAUAAAGCAAAGGAAAAAGCAUGAAAAUGAUACAAUCUUUUUGCCAAAGGCUUAGAAAGCCAAGAGGUGUCUGGGCUGGCAUCCCAGUGGAUAAGCAUCACCUGGAAUUUGUCUGUUGUUGCUUUUAUAAAAAGGCCAACACUGGUUUUCAAAACUGUUUUGCACCUGCACCUCAUCACAAGUGCUAAGGGCUGCAUGGAUAGCAUAGGUAAGUCGGCACAGAUUGACAAGGAAGCCUUUUUGUGCUAGCCGAAACACCCGCUCAUCACCACCACCACCGUUUCCACUUCUGACUCUGUCAUCUCUGUAUGUGUUGAGUGGUUGGGAAAGCCAGUAGGACAAGGCUGCUGAUCCAAAUCUUCACAAAGUCCACAAGUUCAGGGAAACAAGUUGCUGAACACAACUGUGCAGUGAAACCAACUGUAAUGAAAAGCUAAUCUUCUUGUCCCAGGUACUGGAGAUGUGGCUGAGCUACUUGCAGCCUUGGAGAUAUGCGCCUGAGAAGCCCCUUCUGAGUGCCGAGUCAUCCCUGCCUCGCAGCGUACCAGAGAAAUGGUAAGUGUUAGGAUGGUCUGAGUUACUGCAGAUGGAGGGGAAACUCACCAGUUCCUGCAGUAAGCAGGUUGAGAGCUGUGUAUGAUGGUUCCAGGCCAGCCUUCCCCAACCUGGUGCCCCUCCAAAUGCUUUGGAAUACAAAAGGUCUGAUCUGGGCAGUGACCCUUUGCCACUGGUGGCCACUUGUGUCCCUGUUUUGAUUUGCGGGUGACUGCAGUGGUUGUGGGUGCCCACGUGGAGAAGCUUUGCGGUAUCAGACUUGUCCCCGAUUCCUGCUCUGCCCUUGUUAGUGAAGGUCAUUGUCAUAGAAGUAAGAAGAGAAGCUGUAACCAAAGUGAGGAGGCUUCCUUAUGCAACAACAGCAGCAAGAAUACUCAUCGCAAAGUAUUGGAAGACACAAGAGCUACCCACACUGGAAGAAUGGCAGAUGAAAUUGAUGGACUAUAUGGAAUUGGCGGAAAUGACUGGCAGAAUCCGUGACCAGGAAGAAGAGUCGGUGGAAGAAGAUUGGAAGAAAUUUAAAGAUUAUUUACAGAAAUAUUGCAAAAUUAAAGAAUGUUAGAGUGAUGAUGGAUUGAAAUUAAGUGGCUUCUAGCUGUACAGGCUUUAAAGUUAUAUAUAGACCAAGAUUAAGAUUAGGAUUAAAAGGUUAAAAGAAUGGAAAAUUGGCUUUUAAUAGGUAAAAAUUUAAUGUUAUAUUAUAUUAAGAUUAAGGAUUGGGAUUAAAAAGGAGGGAAAGGAAUUGCUGGACAAACAAACUGAAUUGGAAUACAAAAGAGGGAGGUAUGAGGAGGUCCAGGAAAUAAGUAAAUUUUAAAGUAGCGAUGAAAAGAUGGAAUUGCUUUUAACUGUUUUUUCUUUUUUCUUUUUGUAUUUUGUAUUGUGUAUUUUUUCUUUUAUUUUUAAUUUUUUUUUCUCUUUUUUAUUUUUGAUGUAUUUCUUUUCAUGUGAAACUUUAAUAAAUAUCAUUUUAAAAAAAACAAAAACAAAGUGAGGAGGCUUCCUAAGCCUCGUCUCCUUAAAUUCUUGCCUGCUUGGAAUGCACAUUCUCCCAAUUUGGAGGUGCUCACAGCAUAAUCCUGCAGGCCCACCUUACUCAGUGGCAGGGAAAGGGCAGUCCUCUUGCUGGCUAUGUAAUAUGUCCCUUUGUGUUCUCUUAAAAGGGCCUCUUUUGUUCAGGAGAACUUGUUGAUGUACACCAAGCUCUUUGUCAGCUUCCUGAACCGAGCUCUCCGCACCGACUUGGUCAGCCCCAAGAAUGCCCUGAUGGUCUUCAGGGUGGCCAAAGUUUUCGCUCAGCCCAACCUUGCAGAAAUGAUCCAGAAAGGUAAAACAGAGAGCAUGAGAAACCUGCCCCCUUUCUGUCUCCCUCAGCAACCUGUCUGUUGCUUUUCCCUUUGGCAAAUAGGAAAAGCCAUCAGGGUGGACAAGGUGAGAAAUCUGGCUGACUUGGUUGCUUGUCUAAAUUCCUUCCAAAAAGCUCCUGGUGUGAGAGCCACUGCCACUGACCCAGUGAGAAUAGAAGCUUAGAGUCUCCCAAGUCCAAAUCCUACAUGGCAACCUUCCUCAACUUGGAGUCCUCUGCAUAGUUUAGACUCCAGCCCCAGCAUUAUACAACCAUAGUGUACAAUGGGGCUGCGGAAGGCUGCUAUAUUGCAUCAUGGCGGCUGACACCUUUGCCUCCUGAGGGCAGCUGAUCAUUGGUCUUAAGAGCCCAUCCUUUGGGGCUGCCAGUUCAAGGUGCUAGCAGUAAGGCUACCUUGCAGCAGAUUACAUAGGGGCAACCAUGUAAAAGGUGUUGCUUCCCACCCUUCCUUUGCAGGAGAGCAGCUCUUUCUGGAAACAGACCUUGCCCUUCCUCACCGCCAGCACCGCCUCUUCAUUAGUCCUUCGUCUCUCGGAGGGAGCUUCCUGUCAUCCCGAGCUCCGACCAUCACAGAUGCUUCAUUUAAGGUGAAGAGCCAUGUCUACGGUCUUGAAGGACAGGACUUCCAGUACAAGCAGAUGUUUGGGCCGGAAGUCAGGAGCCUGGUAAGCUGCCACUUGUGGUUCUUGUGACAUUUUGGGAGGUGUGCCUUGGUAGCCUUGCAGGUGCCAAGUCUAACAUGUUGCUUAAUUGGGAGGUUUGAAAGAGUGGAGAUUCUUCCUGACAGGACCUCUGCAAAUUGAGCCUUCCCUUACUGCACCAUAGUGACUUCCAGUGACUUGCGAACCAGGUCUAGAACCACCAGCACUUAUUCUGAGGUGUGGUUUGUCUCAGAUCUCUGAAGACUCUUGUUUCCCACAGUGCUUUUUCUGCCACUUGCUUGCUUGGUCGGGGCAAGCUUUAUAUUCCUGGGACCUCUGCCUUAGUUGCUUGCCUUGCUGUCUUCCAUCAGGUGCUACGAUUGUCCCAGCUCAUCGGCCAGGCCCAGCAGACAGCCAAAUCCAUAUCAGACCACUCUGUGGAGGCCACAACUAGCCAUUCCUUUCUUUCCUGGUUCCGCUUUGGUUCCACUGACUUGAACGGCUCCUACACAGGCAAUGACUUGGACGAAAUGGGGCAAGACAGUAUUAAAAAGACAGAUGAAUACUUGGAGAAGGCCCUGGAAUACUUUUGUCAGAUAUUUCGGGUAUGGCAACAACAUAUAUCCCAAUUAUGUUUAUUUGCAAUGCAGGAUGGUCUGAUUAAUUUGUGGAUGGGUGGCCUUUGCAGGAUCAAGGGCUGUAUUCCCUCAUGAGAAUGGGAUUGGGGGUGGGGGAAGGGGAACCAAAGUCAAGUCUUUUCAUUCUCCCUCCAUUUAUAUUGAUAUAUACACACAACGCACCCUGAACCUUCAGGCUGCUAUGCCAAGGAGCAACAGGAAGUAAGUCAGCCUGGCACAAUGCAUACAUGACACAAUCUUUACCAUUCUGGGCAUCAUGCCAUGGUGGCUGGGUCACACAUAUGUCUGGCUGCCUAAGACCCAGUCAUAGAGGGAUAUUGGAAGUAAGAUUUCAGCACUGAACUCCUGCGUUUUUGGGUAGCUCCCUCCUGCUGGCUCUCCCGUUUCUUGGUGCAGUAGUGUUGCCCAGGAGACAGGAGAUGACCUAAGGAUUUCCCUUUUGUACGUUUUGCUUUUUUUCUGUGUAGCAACUGCAACUUACUUGAGAGGCAAGCUUUUGAGAAAGUGAGUGUUCAUAGAGCAGCCCUUCUUUGAAAAUUAUGAAAGUAUUUUUUUGUGUUGGCCUUCACAUCGAGGCAUCUUGUCUCCACGCCUGGAGGGCUCACAGCUCUCUUUACUUCUGAGAGUUGACUGCUUUGCUAUCCUAAGAAGUGGUUGGGGCAACCCAGUCAGAUGGGGGGGGGCACAAAUAAUAAAAUUAUUAUUAAGCUUCAAACUGAUCAGAGAGAAAGUGAGGGGCAGAAUUUGAUCCCUCCCUGUGGUGCAAGCCCCAAGCCUGCCCAUCUCUGCACAGCCUUAUCUCUGAUAUGCCACUUUCUGGCCUCAAGUGUUUGAAGUGGCUUAGAUGGUAUAAGAGAGAAAAUGGAAACAGGUUUACACUGUAUGGAGAGAUUUCAGCACUUGCUGCUGUGUGUUUGGGCUACUUAGCUGCCAAGAUGUGUCAGCUUGCCUUUUUUGGUGCGUAGUAAUUAUAUAAACUAAUUUUCAAAUUAAUGUUUGCCAGUUGAACGAAGCCCAGCUGAGCCAGCUGAUGUUGAACUGGGGGGCAGCUCAGGAUAAGAAUGGGAAGAAGCAGCUUCCAGACUGCAUUGAGAGUGAAGACGGGCUGAUUCUCACACCUCUUGGCAGGUACCAGGUAAGAGGGUGGCUGGCCUGGCUAGUUUUGCGAGGUUGCAGUCAACAUUAAUUUUUCAGUAAUCUUGUGAGUAGCUGAAGAUUUGAGUCCAGAUUAAGAGCCAAAACAACCCUUGUUCAACAUUCCUUGGAAGGGUUUUAGAGGCUUAGGCCAACCCCCAGACCCCACCCCAGUAGUGUUAGAGGAAUUCUAUUAAAGAACACAAAAACUCUCUAAGAGGUACAGUUGUACCUCAAGUUACAAAUGCCUCAGGUUACAAACGCUUCAGGUUACAAACUCCGCUAACCUGGAAGAGUUACCUCGAGUUGAGAACUUUGCCCCAGGAUGAGAACGGAAAUCGUGUGCUGGCAAGCAGAGCAGCAGUAAGAGGCCCCAUUAGCGAAAGCACGCCUCUAGUUAAGAGCAGUUUCAGGUUAAGAACGAACCUCUGGAACGAAUUAAAUUUGUAACUAGAGGUACCACUGUAUAAUACAUCUUUGAUUAUUAACUUCAAAAAGAAAAACUGAUAAAGAGUUGGAUCUAAUGGGGUUAAAAAGCAAGCCAAUCUUGGUCUGCUGCUGUAACCUUACCUGAAUUCUGCCUGUAGCAGCUUUAUGAUUUAAAUGAGUCUGCAAUGGCCUAGCCUGUAUAGCUCUUAAAAUUUUGAAGAGCUGCCGCCUUGUAAAAAAAGUCUUGAAGCUCUAAGCCUUUUAAGGGUACAACUUAAAAGUGCAACUGUUCUCCUAGAUCAUCAAUGGCCUACGCAGGUUUGAGGUGGAGUACCAGGGAGAUCCUGAGCUUCAGCCCAUCCGAAGUUAUGAAAGCACCACUCUUGUGAGGCUGCUGUUUCGGCUGUCCUCAGCCAUUAAUGAACGAGUAAGUGCUGUACAAAAUCUCCUUGCUGCUCUUCUGAGUCCGUAUAUCCGAAACUGUACACUUGGGUGUUCUUUCCACAAUGCUUGCCCUGCUCCUUUCUGUUCGGAAGAUUGACACCUUUCAUUUCAAUCUGUUGCUUUUCAAGGCAGUUUGCAAGGAACACACUGUAAUCAUAUACCACCGUAAACCCUGACACACACACCCAGCACACACACCGUAAACCCUGACACACACACCUGGAUGCUGCCAGACUCUCCCUCCCUUCAGUCUCAGACCUAACAGCAAUUGGAGCUGAGGCUUUUUCCUGGUAGUAAAGGAGGAAGCAAGCUGCUUUGGCCCGUGAAUGGGGCCAGGCUGGUCCUCUCCUUUGUGUGAUCAUCUUCCUGGAAGAUGUAGGAUGAAGCCUCCCAGUGGAUCUCCUGGUCCAGUGUCAAAGGCGGCUGGAGAAUGAAUUUCACCCCUUAAUGGUAUCGGACCCUAGAUGUGCUCUGUCCCCAAAGGUAUCAGUCCCACUCCAAGAAAGCCAAUUGGAGAAUUGCUGGUGCUCUUGGCAGCUGUAAACAUAUAUGACAGAUGUUAUUCCCUACCUUUGGCUUUCCUGAACAGCUGCAUUAAAGGGAGUUCCUUUUGACUGCAUUCCUGAAGCUGGAAGUGGGCUUGUGUGUUGGGCAGAAUAGACUGAUUCAGGUCCUUUCCAAGAAGACCUCUUAACAAAACCUAUCAAGAAGUCAGUCCUUAAUUUCUUAUCAUUCAGACAUAAGUGUUUACCAAACAUUCCUUACUUGCAUUGACUUUUUUCCCCUCCAUGCUUAGUUUGCAGACCAAAUGGAGAGACUCUGUGCCAAAGAGAACUUCCUUGGCAGCUUCUGCCGCUACCAUCUCACCAACCCCUCCCUCGUGGAAAAGGCCAGGCACAGCCCACUGAGCCAGCAGAGGCUGGGGCAGAUUCAACAGCCGAGAGUCAGCCUUCGGUUUCUGGCAAGCUACAGGACUCUCCUUUCUUUACUCAUGGUAUACUUCAUUGCCUCGUGGUUCUGCAUCAGUCCGGUGACCUGUACCUUCCUCCUCCUCCUGGGAUAUCUUUUCUAUGCCACAGUUAUGACUCUCCUGGCUGAAAAGAGAAAGCCUCAUCAACACUAA